GUUCAAUUUCUUCACCGAACAACUCACCAUGCGUUUCUCGACCUUUUCUCUUGUCUGUGUUCUGGCUCUAUUGAACAGUAGAGCACAAGCCCUCGCGAUCCUUUCGGACCCGUCUCCCACAAACAAUGCCCUCGCAGCCUUAAGAGCGAAAGUCGACGCAAUGGGCCCCGUCACAGAGCCUGCUCCCCCCAUCACAGCUCGACAUCCUGCUGCUACAGCGGCAUAAGCGCCUAAAGUUCUGGUAAUAGUUCCUGUCAAGAGAACUUCUGCAGGGAGAUCAGAUAAGGAUGCGACCCUCGGCGGUCUUUGGCCUGACCACCCAGAAUCACCACUCCAACCAGCAAUUCUCGAAUCGGCAAGGACACUAUGUGUCGACAUAAAGUAUACUAUCUGAGUCGUAUC